CUGAACGUGAUCCAAUGCCUAUAGAGUCUCUUGAAAGCCAAAUUCUCUGUGAUGGAAAGGCUUUUGUAUUUUUAGCAGCAUACAAGAGAGCGAAGCCAAAAGCGGCUGUUUGUGGAGAGGCUACUGGAUGGGAAGACAGACAAUGGAAACGAGUUCAUAUCACACAUACUGAGACAGCUAGGGAAAUAGAUUUGGUGGAUAAUAAUAAUAUUAAUGCUCCGUUAUUCUGAUGUAAGAUAAUUAUUAUAAUAGUACUGUGAAGCAAUAAGCAGGUGCGUCUCUUGAAAUUGGCUGUGUAUAAA